CCUCUCCCACACGAGCAGCCUGCACCAGUCAAUGAGCAUGUUCUCUUUUCUACCCCCAUUUUUUUCACAUACAUACACUCGCACAUUGGGCAACAGUCGCACACAGACUAUUGAAACGGCUCUUUUUCUUGUAGUCGCUAACGCGGAGCCCUGUUUGGCUUUGCGUCUGUGAAGGCGAGAGGAUAAAAGACAUGGAAAGCCUGUGCUGGUUCAGCAAAUAUCACAAUGAACCAAAGGUAAAGAUGUCUCAGGUGAAGCAGGUUGGCCUGCUGGCCGCUGGAUGUCAGCCUUGGAAUAAAGACGUGUGUGCUGCCAGUGGGGAUAGGUUUGCGUAUUGUGCCACGCUUGCCAUAUAUGUGUACCAACUUGAUCACAGAUACAAUGAGUUUAAGCUGCGAGCAAUCAUGUCUGAACACAAGAAGACAAUCACAGCUAUAUCGUGGUGUCCACACAACCCUGAAGUGUUUGCUAGUGCGAGUGCUGAUAACCUGCUCAUCAUUUGGAACGUGGCCGAGCAGAAGGCCAUUGCACGGCUAGAUAACACCAAAGGUAUUCCAGCUUCUCUAAGCUGGUGCUGGAAUGCAGGUGACAGCGUUGCGUUCGUAUCCCACCGGGGUCCUCUGUACAUAUGGACCAUCUCUGGGCCUGACUCAGGAGUCACUGUGCACAAGGAGGCUCACAGUUUCCUCUCGGAUAUCUGCCUGUUUCGCUGGCAUCCGUUGAAGAAGGGAAAAGUGGUGUUUGGACACACUGAUGGCAGUCUGUCCAUCUUUCAGCCAGGCUCAAAGAAUCAGAAGCACGUACUGCGGCCCGAGUCGUUAGAAGGCACAGAUGAAGAGGACCCCGUCACAGCUCUAGAGUGGGACCCUCUCAGCACAGACUACCUACUGGUGGCCAACAUGCACAAUGGCAUCCGACUGCUGGACUCUGAGUCUUUAUCCUGCAUUACUACCUUUAGUUUCCCUAGUGCUGCUGCUUCCGUGCAGUGUCUGGCAUGGGUGCCCAGCGCCCCUGGCAUGUUUAUCACAGGGGAUUCUCAAGUUGGCGUGCUAAGAAUAUGGAACGUAUCGAGAGCGACACCUCUGGAUAACUUCAAACUGAAGAAAACCGGCUUCCAUGCACUUCAUGUUUUAAAUUCUCCGCCAGCAAAGAAAUCGUUUAGCUCAAAUUCCCCUUCCAAGAAUCACUACACCUCCUCCACUAGCGAGGCUGUGCCUCCACCUACUCUUUCACAGAACCAGGCCUUCUCUCUCCCACCCGGCCAUGCUGUCUGCUGUUUCAUGGAUGGGGGUGUCGGGCUGUAUGACAUGGGUGCCAAAAAGUGGGACUUCCUGCGGGAUCUGGGUCAUGUUGAAACUAUCUUUGACUGCAAAUUCAAGCCAGAUGACCCAAACAUUCUAGCUACAGCUUCAUUUGAUGGGACGAUAAAAGUCUGGGAUAUAAACACCUUAACUGCUGUGUACACAUCUCCAGGCAAUGAGGGAGUGGUUUACUCUCUGUCCUGGGCCCCUGGAGACUUGAACUGCAUAGCAGGUGCUACGUCAAGAAAUGGCGCCUUCAUUUGGGAUGUUAAAAAGGGGAAAAUGAUCACAAGAUUUAAUGAGCAUGGGAAGAAUGGUAUUUUUUGUGUUGCUUGGAGUCAUAAGGAUUCCAAAAGAAUAGCCACAUGCAGUGGAGAUGGAUUUUGCAUAAUUCGAACCAUUGACGGCAAAGUGUUGCACAAAUACAAACAUCCAGCAGCAGUGUUUGGCUGUGACUGGAGUCAAAAUAACAAAGAUAUGAUUGCCACAGGCUGUGAAGACAAGAAUGUUCGAGUCUAUUACCUGGCCACCAGUUCUGACCAGCCACUAAAAGUCUUUACAGGUCACACGGCCAAAGUAUUCCAUGUGCGCUGGUCACCUCUCAGAGAGGGCAUACUGUGCAGUGGCUCAGAUGAUGGGACUGUCCGUAUCUGGGAUUAUACCCAAGAUGCUUGCAUUAACGUGCUGAGUGGCCACACUGCUCCAGUUCGGGGUCUCAUGUGGAACACAGAGGUGCCAUACCUUUUGACUUCAGGGAGCUGGGACUACACCAUCCGUGUCUGGGACACUAGAGACGGCACAUGUCUAGACACCGUAUAUGACCAUGGAGCUGAUGUCUAUGGUCUGACAUGUCACCCCAGCCGUCCAUUCACCAUGGCUUCCUGCUCCAGAGAUUCUACGGUCAGACUUUGGUCACUUACGCCUCUAAUUGCUCCCUUAGUGGUCAACAUCCUUACUGACCACAGUUGGGAUGACAUCAUUGGCAACACAGAUCGUGCUAUGGUUCCUGGAGCCCCUCCCCUCCUGUGUGGAAAAGUUUCCAGAGAUAUCAAACAGGAGCUGGAUAAACUCUCUAGCGAUGUGCGCAUGAAGAAGCUCAGAUGGUUCUCUGAGUGUUUCUCACCACCAGGAGGGAGUCAUAACCUGUGGGAUCUGGUUGCUGUUAUCAACGGGCAGGAUGAUAGUCUUCUUCCUCAGAACUAUGGGCAGGGCAUCAUGCAUAUGAAACACCUGGUCCGCUUCAAAACUUCUGAAGCACAAGAGCUGACUAUAGUAAAGAUGUCAAAGUUUGGGGGUGGGAUUGGAGCACCUAGUAAAGAGGAAAGGCUCAAGAAUGCAGCAGAAAUCCACAUCAGACUGGGUCAAAUCCAGAGAUACUGUGAGCUUAUGGUGGAACUGGGAGAGUGGGAGAAGGCUCUUUCUGUGGCCCCUGGUGUCUCCAUGAAAUACUGGAAAAAGCUCAUGCAAAGGAGAGCAGACCAGCUCAUGCAAGAAGGCAAUGAUGAUGUCAUCCCAUACUGCAUCGCCACUGGUGAGGUGAAAAAGCUGGUGAAUUUCUUCACCUCUAGAGGUCAGCUGAAAGAAGCUGUGCUGGUGGCUCAGGGUGCUUGUGAGGGUAAUAUCCAUGGCCCUCAGAUCACAUCAAUAAACAAUGCCGCAAACUCAGACAAUGACAACAUAGAAAAAUACUGCGGGAUGUUGCACAGAGUGUGUAAAGAGCUGGCAGAGUGGUAUUUCCAAGAUGGCCGUGCUGUGUUGGCAGCUUGCUGUCAUCUAGCUGUAGACAACACAGAAUUGGCUAUGGCGUCUCUGAUCAGAGGCAAUGAGCUGGAGCUGGCAGUGUGUGUGGGCACGGUCCUGGGAGAAUCAGCCAGUAAAGCCACCCACUACGUUCUGGAGCUCUUGGCCAGGAAAUACAUGACCACUGCCACCUGCUUUCCAUCUGUGGCAUACAGGGAUCUUGCAGCCAGAUUACUUCAGAUGAUCCCUGAUAAUGAGAUCUUGUUAGCCAAACUGUGUGCCUUCUACCCUGGCAGCUCAGCCGAAAUCAACGACCUUCACGAAAAGUGUGGUCUACCGUCUUUAGAAGAAUGUAAAGAGCUUGCUGAGAAUGCACAUGCUGAGGGAGAAAUCUUCCAAGCAGUAAAGUAUUACCUCCUGAGCCCAGAACCAGAAAAGGCUCUUCCCAUCGGGAUCACAUAUGUCAAAGAGCAGCUGAGCUCUCCUGACUGGGCGGUGGACUCUGUGUACCACAUCCUAGACCUGCUGAGCUACAUCAGAACAGACCGUCUUAUUCUCCCAAAGUGUAGUGAAGACCGCAAUGAAUUGCUUAUUCUCUGUGGUUAUAUUGGUGCACUAUUAUCCAUUGGGAGGCAGUAUUCAAGUAUAGUGCCAGCACUGUAUGAAUACACAAGUCAGCUGCUGAAGAGAAGAGAGGUGGCUGUACCACUGCAGAUAGAGCAGUUGUCUGUAGAGUUGGAGGCCUGGAGAGCCUGCACACAAUCCCUCAAAGUGGCAGACGACAGCUCAUACGCGCCACCAUCUGAGGCCCAGAAAACAGAAUACAGUCAGCUGUUGAGUCGGAUGAGAGACGAGCCCAUCAAGGGCCUAGAGGGUCCUGACUAUGUCACUGGCUCUAACUUGCCUAGCCACUCUGACGUCCAGAUUUCCUGCUUCACUGGCCUCAGGAUACAGGGUCCAGCAUUCUUCCUGGAAGAUGGCAAAUCAGCCAUUUCACUAAAUGAUGCCCUGAUGUGGGCAAAAGUGAACCCUUUCUCUCCAUUAGGGACGGGUAUACGCCUCAACCCCUUCUGAGUACAAAUACAACAAAUGUGAGCAGUAUUCUGGCUGGUCUGGCUCUGGAAUGACAGCGUUUGGAAAGGGGACAACAUUCCCGUUUUUUCUCAGAAAGUAUAUGUCAUAAAACAGCAGAAUGUCCAAUUGUUCAAAUCUACAUUUUUUGAAGUUUUGCCAUUCCAUGCUGUGCUUAUUACAUUCAGGAUUGCAGUUUAUAUGCAAAGAAUCACAGUGAAAAUGCUGCUGUAGUGAAACACAGGGCCACAAGUAAGACCAACAGCACAAAUGCAUGUGUGAUAUUUGUUUUAUACAACAGUUCCAUAAGCUGAAGUUAAUAUCAAGUAACGCAAGUUGUUCAGACAGAAUUUGCUCAGUUUUGUUCCAAAAAAAAGGCAAAGCACCAAGUUUUUCAUGUCGAUAAGAAAUGCACAGACACUACUAACAUAGGCAAUCAAAGUGAGAUGAAAAUCUUGGAAUGCCGGCCAAUCAAAUUAGUGGACCAGAACUAACUGUUGUAUAAAGAGAGUUAUGCUGGAUACAGUAAUGAAUGUUACAUAUGAAGCAGGAUAUUUAAUGCCUUUCUUCCUCAUCCUAAAACACAAGCGGGUUCAGGUAUUCGGGUUUAGGUGUUAUGACAAGGUCUUAGGGUUGCGGUCUAUAGCCCAAAGAUUGUAAUUCUAGUUACUGUUUAGUUGGUACUGUCAGUGAUAUUAUGAAGUAUACGCAUUUGCAUUAAGCAGUCUGAAUGUUUUUUAGAUCUAACUUUUAUUUCAAGACUUGAGUACAGGGUAUUCAUCUAUACGUUUUUGUUUGUUUGUUUGCACAUUUGAUUUCAUGAAAAAUUAGUUUUUCUGCUUUGACACUGAAACCGUUUGUCAUGUCUGUUGUCUGUUAUAUAUGGACUGAAUAUCUUUACUGACUAUUGAAUAUACACCUUAUUUUAGUAGAACCAAAUAAGAUAAUUAAGAGUUAUAACCUUAUAUUGUAACAAUGACUAUUUAAUGUUUCUUCAAUUCAUUCAGUAACUAUUAUGAAUGGUUUUACAGAGCAGGUCUGGGGCCAGAGGUGUAAUAUUUAUGUUCUAUGACAUUAUUUACGAAGCGUUAAUACACAUUAAGUCUUGCAGUUACAUUCAAAAUAUGUUUAGAUGAACUUAGGCAAUAAGUCUGAGAAAGUGCACAUAUGGAGUGAGGAUAUAAAACAUUUCUGCUGACACAUAGCUAUACAUUUGAAGUGUAUUUCUGAAGUUAGGAAAUAAAAGACAAAAGUGUCAUAUGUAUUGCUAAAAUCAUCAGUUGCAAUGGAAACUUGUCGCACAUAGCCGAGCAUAUAAAAUAGAAUUAUUUUAUGAAUGUUUUUGGUUUUAUGUUAGAAAAAACAGAUACAGAGACUAUUUUCAUCAAAUGUGAAAUGCACUGUGAAAUGUAUUUAUUUGUAUAUAGUUUUGUUCUAGAAUUUACGUCUAAAUAUAAGCUCAAAUGGGUGUACAUAACAUAUUCAUAUGAUCACUGUUCAUACGCAACAGAGGACAGGUAAAUGUUAUAUAUUUAUCCUGGAGUUUAGUCAGGCAUCAGAUUAAGCCAGGACCUUUUCAAAUUCUGCAUGUUCCAAGUGUCUCAUCUAUUUAUUUUGACUGAUGAUAUCAUAAAAGCGCAAGGCGAGACAUAUAAGAACUGGCAAUUACCUUCUUUUCUGUGACUAUGAUUUGAUAAUUGCUAUUAAAAAGAUCAAGUGUACAGGAAAUCUUAA